AUGGAUCUCAUUCACUCUGCUGUUCUGCACAGUGUGAUGACCCUAGUAAGCACUUAUCUGGUAGCCUUUGGAAACAAAAAUGUGAAAUUUGUUCUCAAGCACAAAGCAGCACAGAAGAGGGAGGAUGCUGUUUCCAAAGAAGUGACUCGAAAACUUUCAGAAGCUGAUAAUAGAAAGAUGUCUCGGAAGGAAAAAGAUGAAAGAAUCUUGUGGAAGAAGAAUGAAGUUGCUGAUUAUGAAGCUACAGAAUUUUCCAUCUUGUAUAAUAACACCCUAUUUCUGGUCUUGGUCAUUGUUGCUUCCUUCUUUAUAUUGAAGAACUUCAACCCCACAGUGAACUACAUUUUGUCCAUCAGUGCUUCCUCGGGCCUCAUCGCCCUCCUGUCUAAUGGCUCCAAGUAGAGCACAUCAGCUUCCCCCUACCGCCCUAGGCUUUGUGUCUAUGGGUGGCCUGUGGUAUACGGAAAAGUAGCACGGUGGUCAGGGUGGAAGACACACAAGCUGUUUUUAUAAGUCUGGAGUUUGAGGGUUUGAAAAACCCAACAAAAUGUAAUUCAAUAUUUGUUUAUUGGCUCGUUUUUUUUUUUUGACAGAUUGUUGAAAUUAAAUGA